AAACGGAUGAUCCCAGCUCACCGACUGGUGUUGAGUGCUGGAUCGGAAUAUUUCAAUGCCAUGUUCACCAAUGACCUGAGAGAGGCCAGUCAGAGUGAAGUGGUAAUGCAUGAAGUCGAUGGUGAUGCAUUGUGGGAACUGGUGCAUUACUGCUAUACUGGUAAAAUCGAGCUAAGAGAAGAGACAGUUGAGGUGUUGUUGAGCACGGCGAGCAUUUUACAACUACACGAAGUGGUUGCUGCUUGCUGCUCUUUUUUGAGGAAACAGCUGCAUCCCUCCAACUGCAUCGGCAUUUGCAUAUUUGCAGAGAACCAGGGUUGCACCGGGCUGCAAACCUCCGCCCACAAUUACAUUAUAGAAAACUUUAUGAAUGUUAUCUGCAACCAAGAGUUCCUUCUUCUUCCUAUAGAGGAAGUCACCAAACUGCUAGCGUCAGAGGACGUUAAAAUACCUUCAGAGGAAGAAAUGCUAAGGGCUUUGAAGCUGUGGAUAAAGCAUGACAUUCCUAACAGACAAAAAUAUGUUGGCAAACUCCUGUCUCUUAUUAAACUGCCUCUCCUUCCAGCAUCUUUCAUAGCUGACCAAGUGCAAACUGAAGACUUGUUCAAAGACGAUCCGACUUGUCAAGAACUGAUCAUGGAGGCACUGAACUAUCACCUGUUGCCUGAACGAAGACCAAUGCUGCAAACCGUCAGAACACGGCCUCGCAAAUCCACCGUUGGAAUCAUCUAUGCUGUUGGUGGAAUGGACGCUAACAAAGCGGGAGCGACAAGCAUCGAGCAGUACGACUGCUGGUCGAACCGAUGGAGUCACGUGGCCAACCUGCCGGGCCGACGGCUGCAGUUCGGGGUGGCCGUGGUGGAGGGGAAGCUGUUUGUGGUGGGGGGGAGGGAUGGCCUCAAGACUCUCAACUCGGUCGAGUGCUUUGACGCGCAGACGCACACCUGGGCCCCCUCCCCCCCAAUGGCCACCCAUCGGCAUGGCCUUGGCGUUGGAGUGCUUGGCGGCCCCCUGUACGCAGUGGGUGGGCAUGAUGGUUGGAGCUACCUGAGCACAGUUGAGCGGUGGGACCCCCAGGUGAGGCAGUGGUCAUUUGUCGCAUCAAUGUCCACGGCGAGGUCAACGGUCGGCGUAGCUGUGCUCAACAACAGAUUGUACGCGGUGGGCGGCCGCGACGGAAGCUCGUGCCUGAGGACGGUGGAGUGCUACGACCCGUUCACCAACAAGUGGACAGCCUGCGCGUCCAUGAGCAAGCGGCGAGGAGGGGUGGGCGUGGCCGUGCUCAAUGGCUACCUCUACGCCGUGGGCGGCCAUGAUGUUCCCGCCACCAAUCCACAUGCUCUCCGCUUCUGCUGUGUCGAACGAUAUGAUCCGAAGACGAACAGUUGGACGUUGGUGGCCAACAUGAGUGUGGGCAGAGAUUCGGUGGGAGUGAGUCUGCUGGGCGAUCACCUGUUUGCCGUGGGAGGUUAUGACGGCCAGUACUAUCUGCAACUAGUGGAAGCCUAUGACUCGCAGACCAACGAAUGGAAUCAGGUGGCCUCCCUGAACACCGGACGAGCUGGCGCAUGCGUGGUUGUCGUCCCACCAAUCCGUCAAUAAAAAUACAACUAUUGUGAUAAUACCUUUAUCUCGAGCGGGCGCUCACUAUCUACUACAUUCCAGUUAUUGAUGUGAUAUUUUUAGCGCUCAUAUUAAGUACAGUAUUUCGAUUUUAGACAACAUUCUAGUUUUUGUAAGGCUUUCAGAGAUAGAAUUGACAAUUUAUACUCUUGUAUUUGAAUUGUAGUGUUAGUUAUUAAUCUUUUAUUAUCAACUAUGAAGUUAGAUUUUGUACUUUUAUAUAUUGUUUUUUGUAUUUGAAAUGCAAUUUCAUGUUGACGUAUAUGUAUUGAUGCCAAGAAUAUCUAAAAAGAUGUUUCAUGAGAAAUUAAUCUUGCGUUUUCAUCACCCA